CGCCAGAUAGACAGAAAGUUGUGUUGACCGUAUUUACAUCUCGUUGUGUUUCUGUUUCUGGUCUCCAAUAACGGGGGGAGGGGGAAUGAGCCAAAUGGAAGAACUGAAGGCGUUCGUUUCCGAGCGGCUGAACGCGGCUGCCACGGAAAUACUUGGUGCUUUUGCACAGACGAUAACAGACUACGAGCAGCAGCAGUCCCGUCUGGCGGAGGAGAACCGGCGGCACCGCUCUCUCCUGGACGUCAUCCUGCACACCAAGCUGCCCAGCACCGCAGGUGAUACUACUACCAAAAGUCCAGUUUCUGCCGCCAGUGCUGUGGAAUCACUUCCAAUAGAUUCAAAGUUUAAAUCCAAGACUGGGGAAGCUGCAAUCACAUCCUUUACAGGGUUGCAGAAUGUCUUUGUUGCACGGGAAGACUUUCUGAAGUAUACAGCCAAAGGGAACUGUCCCUUUUGUCUCAAAGGAGUUCCAGCCAGCGAGAAACACUUGAUGCAAAGGCAUUAUUUUUAUGCUGUUCAUUUUAUUCAGGAUGGCACUAGAAAAUUUGCCAUACCAUGUCUGUGUAAAGACAAGAUUGCAAAGAGAAGCCACUGGCACUGCCCUUGCUGCAAAAAGAUACUUUAUCGGAAAUGUAACUUUGAGACCCAUUUAUCAAAACAACAUGCAUAUGUUGUACUCCAGAAAAAACAAGAUUCAGAGACCCAUCAGCCCAUUGUCUCUGUCUUGGAGGAGGAGCUGCAGUUAUUUCCUGAACCGUGGUGUCAGCAGAUCAGCCGUCUGGACGGGCAAGAACAGCAAACUUCACUGCUGAUUCGAGUUAAAGAGGAAGCAAAGCAAGUGAGAGGUCAAGAAGGGCAGCAAGCCCAGCAAGCACCAAUACGAAACAAUAAUAAUCAACUGGGAGAACAAAGUCUCGAGCCAAAUAAUGCUCAAGACUCUGCAUACAACAUGUUCUGUGCAGGCACUUGCAUUCAAAAGCAAAGUGAAAUCAGCAUCAUGGAAAACCGCGAGGGACGUCCUCAUCUCAUUUCUUCAACUCCCAAUACUGGGAUUAAAUCAGAUCUCGCUAGAGAAACUGAGCACACCACUGGAAAUGGGGCUCUUGCAGAGAAGGGAAGCUGCAGCAAGUCAAAAACAACCCAAAUAAUUGGCUUAAAUUUAAAUCAACCCAGUCCAAAGAUCAAAAAGUGUGUAAAAAGAUCUUUACCCCCUGUAAGUUUAAAUAUAAAGAAAGCAACACAUACAUCUGCUGGUCCAGCAGGCUCUUAUUGCUGUAAGGCAUGUGGAAAGUCUUUCCAUUACAUGUACACACUGAGGACACAUGUCCAUACACAUGCAAGGGAUAAAAUCUGUAUUUGUGGAAUUUGUGGGAAACAUUUAGGUUUCAGAGUGCGGUUAGUUCAACACUUACAGAACCAUACCAAAAGGAACAAGUGUGUUAUAUGUGGUAAAGAAUUUUCUAGUGACUCCCGUCUGAGACGGCACGAGAAAUUUCAUCGACCAAGAGGAGGAAGUGCUGUGUUAUCGGUUUAACUUCACAUAUUACACAGCAAAAACGUCAUGUUAUUUCUUAAAGCCAACUGUUUCUGGUGUCUGCGGUUUAAGUGGAAGAUUAUCUUGGUCUCAUUUUACUGUCCUCCAAAAUUAUCACAGCAACCACUAGAUGUCUCUGUUACUGUGUUUGGUUAAAUGUAAUUUGCAUAAAGGACACAUCUCACUUUACACACUAGUUUUAUUAGUAUAUACCUUCAUUUGGGCGCAUGUAAGCUGCUGGUUUAAAAGACCAACUGAAAAAAUCCUAUUUAUUGUUAACUGUUUAUUCACCAGGUGCAUUUCAUAAAGCAAAAACAAGUGCACACACAAGUUCACACAGAUUGUAUUAUUAGGACAUUGCAUUGACAUUCAUUCAUUCUGUGCAGCCAAAUGCAAAUCCUACCUUUUAACCUUGUUUAUGGCAAACCCUUAACUCAGUUCAGACAUUAACUAACUCCAACCAGGACCCCAGAAAUGAUCAUGUGUCUAACAGGGACCAGGCCUCGGCCCUCACAUUAGGCAUUUCAUUUUAUUUAUGAUAGUAAAUAAACAUUUUUGGUGUAAUGUAAAACACAUUUUAUAGGUAAAACAUUUUAAUGCAAGCUUUAGUUUUAGGCUGAAGGUUACAUCUCCGGAUAGUAUGACUUGAUAGUUUCUCCACAGUCAUGUUCAUCUUUAAAUGCAGGUUCAGGUUUUACUCCAAAUGUAUUUAAGUGCAGUUUAGGUACCCACAUGGUCACAGACAGUGAUUAUCUUAUCACAUUAGUAAACUGAUACAGUCAGUUUACUGAUGUGAUAAGAUAUCACAUCCAGUGUUAUUCUAGUACAAAGUUUUGACAUGCUUGUUUGACACUAUGUUGACAUUUAUGGAUCAUUGUGUACUGCUGUGUUGUUUAUUAUUUCCAACUCCGUUAAACAGUCCCAUUUACGGCAAUAGUU